CCCAUUGGGGGGUGUCGGAGCCAUGGCAGCCAGGGCGGGCGGGGGGCAGUGGGAGGUGGUGAAGAAGAACCGGCGGCCCGGGGCCGGCGGCCAGCGGCGGGGAGGCGGCGGGGACCGCCGGGCCCUCGGGGAGGCGAAUGGAGUGCGGAAAUACGACCUGACCCCUCCUAUCCAGACCACGAGCACCCUGUAUGAGCGAGGCUUCGAGAAACUCAUGAAGCGGCAGAACAAGGAGCAGGUGCCCCCGCCUGCCGUGGAGCCCAAAAAGCCUGGGAACAAGAAGCCAGCCAAGAAGGCGGCUCCGGUCACCAAGCCGAACACGAAGCAGGGCCGGUUCCGCAGUCUGGAGGAGGCCCUGAAGGCUCUGGACAUAGCAGCUCUGCAGAAGGAGCUGGACCAGAGCCAGAACGUGUUCACCGGGAACCCGUCCGUGUGGCUGAAGGACUUGGCCAGCUAUCUCAACUACAAGCUGCAGGCUCCACUCAGCGAACCUACCUUGAGCCAGCACACACACGAUUAUCCCUACAGCCUGGUGAGCCGGGAGCUGAGGGCCAUCAUUCGGGGGCUGCUGACCAAGGCAGCGGGGUCUGUGGAGCUCUUUUUCGACCACUGUCUCUUCACCAUGCUGCAAGAGCUGGACAAGACGCCAGGGGAAUCGCUGCAUGGUUAUCGCAUCUGUAUCCAGGCCGUGCUGCAGGACAAACCCAAGAUUGUGACUGCAAACCUGGGCAAGUUCCUCGAAUUGCUGAGUUCCCACCAGAGCCGACCGGUCAAGUGUCUGACCAUCAUGUGGGCCAUGGGUCAGGCCGGGUUUGCCAACCUCCCCGACGGCCUGAGAGUGUGGUUGGGCAUCAUGAUGCCAGUCCUGGGCAUCAAGUCCCUGUCACCCUUUGCCAUCUCCUACCUAAACCGGCUGCUCCUGAUGCACUCCAACCUCACCAAGGGCUUCGGCAUGAUUGGGCCCAAGGACUUGUUUCCACUUCUGGACUUUGCCUAUAUGCCCAACAACUCGCUGACGCCCAGCCUGCAGGAGCAGCUGUGCCAGCUCUACCCUCGUCUGAAGGUACUGGCGUUCGGGGCAAAGCCAGAAACCACUCUGCACACCUACUUCCCCUCUUUCCUGUCCAGAGUCACCCCAAGCUGCCCUGCCAACAUGAAGAAAGAGCUCCUUAGCAGUCUGACCGAGUGCCUGACAGUGGACCCCCUCAGCAUCAGCGUCUGGAGGCAGCUGUACCCCAAGCACCUGUCACAGUCCAGCGUGCUGCUGGAGCACCUGCUCAGUUCCUGGGAGAAGGUCCCCCAGAAGACACAGAAGUCCUUGCAAGAAACGGUGCAGUCCUUCCGGCUCACCAACCAGGAGCUUCUGCAGAAGAACAGCGGAAACCCAGAUGCCAUGGCCUGUGAGGCGGCCUGCAAGGCCCUGACACAGCAGACACGGGGCCUCCGGCUGCCCUGGACCCGGCUCCUGCUGCUGCUGCUCGUCUUUGCCAUGGGUUUCCUGUGCCACGACUUCCACUCUCAUAGCUCCUUCCAGGCCUCCCUUUCCGGCCGCUUGCUUCACUCCUCUGGCUUCCUGCCCGCUGGCCAGUGGGCUUGUACACAACUCUAUACCUACGGCCUGCACGGCUACAGCUGGAUGGAGGAGACACUGCCCAUCUGGGGUGCCCAGCUGCUGACUGUGGCAAGACCCAGCUUGCAGCUGGCCUGGGACCACACCAAUGCCACCAUCAGCUUCCUCUCUGCACACUGUGCUGCCCACCUGACCUGGCUGGGAGACAGUAUCAGCAGCCUCUCACACAGGACCCAGUUGUCCGCUGUCCUAGAGCAGUUGGUGCAGGGCUUGAGGGAGCUGCUACUGCUGCUGCAUCAGAAUGUGCUGCAGCCUUGCUGGUUCCUGCUGCUGGACAGCCUGGCCCGAGCCCAAAGCCACUGCCGUGAGGCCUGCAGAGGUGAGGUGACCUGGGACUGCGUGAAGACACAGCUCAGCGAGGCCGCGCUCUGGACCUGGCUCCGUCUACAGGACAUGACGGGGGCUUGCUUGGACCGGGUGCUGGCCAUGAUACCCCAACAGUAGCCCUGGCCACUGGCUCCUGUUCGGAGCAGGCCCUCGGAGAAGAGUGGAUGUGGGGGGCACAGUCCGCCUCAGGGCAUCUCUCUGUUACUUGGUGCCAGAAUUCUGUCUCCUAGGCAAACGACCGGUAGCCUCUGGCCCGGUUCUCACCUCUGUGGGGUGGGUCCGGCCCAGACCUCACCUGCUGCCCACAGAACCACUGGACACUUCUCUGGCCCUGUGGCUCUUGAGUCCCAGUCUCUGUCCACAUCUCCCUCUCCUGUUCCCUGCUCCCCUCUUCCUUCCA